GACAGCGACGGACCUCAGUCACCGGAUAUAAAGAGGAACUUUGCUCCAAAUUCGAACUUCUUACUGAAAAUUACUCCAAUAUCUUUCCUUUCAAUCUCAUUUGGCUUCUGCAUUUCAUUUCAACCAACAACCAUGGAUUCUCCAGCCGACGGUCUUCAAGCUCUAAGCCUCGGUACAGGAUCAAGCAAGGAACUUGUCCGCGUCGAAGACUAUGGCAUUCUCCUGAAGGGAACUACGGAACAGAAACUGUCGCCUCUCGAUAUGAACAUGCCAAGGCUAUAUGGAAGUCGUUGGAUUUUGUGCUUCCCCUUAGCCGCCGGUGCGGAUAGAGCUGAUGUGCAUGAGAAGUUGAAAGAAGGACUAGCUCACACAAUUGCUUCGAUUCCUUGGAUCGCUGGCCAAAUUGGUCCAGCAGAAGGAAGCAAUCCAGAGAGCAAUCGCAUCCAGGUUGUGGAGGGCUUUGGUGGCGUUGAGCUCAAAUUCAAGGACCUCACCAGUAUUUUACCUUCCUAUACCAAGCUCAAGAAGGACAACUUUUCCUUCUCGAAAUUUACAACUUCCCUGGUCUCUCCACUGCAGGUUAUGCAAGCCAUCCAGCCUGUGAUGGCUGCGCAGGCAAACUUCAUCGAAGGAGGACUUCUCCUUACAGUCGGAGUUCAUCAUUCAGCCUGCGACGCAACUGGCCUAGAUACCAUUCUCGAAACAUGGGCGCUGAAUACAACUGCAGUCUCCAGCACUCGAUCCUUCAGCACGUACGAUCCUGUCUCGAACAAUCGCAUGCCUCUCUGUCAGGGGCUACCGGCCAACAUAGCAGACUUCCCAGAGUACAUAAUGAUGCCUUCGGAUGGACAACAGAUGGGCUUUCCAGCUUUCGAGAUGCCGCCAAUGGUAUCGAAGAUCUUCUACUUCUCCUCGGAGCAUCUCGCAAAUCUGAAGACAGCAGCCAAAGCUUACUCAACAAAUGAUGCCCUAUGUGCCUUCUUCUGGCACCACAUGACCGCAGCUCGAAAUCCAACUACCGAUGCUGGCGACAAUGUGAAGACAUCCAACAUCUGCUUUGCCGUCAACAUCCGCAGUCGCACCAGUCCCCCACUUCCUCUGACUUACAUGGGCAAUGCGUCCUUGGCCGCAAUCACACCACGACUUUUGGUAACAAGCCUCAAAGAUCCUGAGUCUGGCCUCAAAUUGGCAGCAGCAGCCAUCCGCAGCGCGGUCAACAAGACCAACACACCCAACCGCAUUCCAAUGACGAUCGGACUCCUCAGCUCGCGACCCAAUGCUCAAGAUUUCAAAUUUGCUUGCCAUGGGUUCUUGGGACCUGACUUGACCGCGACCUCGUGGGCUGACAUUGGUGUUCGAAACAGAGAAUGGGGAGUUCUUGGCAAGCCAGAGGGGUUUAGCAUGCCGUAUGAAGCAGCGGACGGAGCGAUUGCUGUUCUACCUAGAUUGGCAGAUGGUGGCUUGGAGGUUAUGGCUGCUUUGGAGAGCGAGGCCAUGGAGAGGAUGGUGAAAAGUGAAGGAUUUGCGAAGUUUGCUGUGGAUUGGGCUUAGUCUUCAUGCUUUGUCGUAUAUUGAGAGACAAUCAGAGACCAAAAUUUUGCCUGGCAUUGCUAUUCUGCUCGAUUGCAUCUCUUACUGAGCGGACUACAGUAGCAAUCAAAUACAAAGAUAAUAUUAUCUGAGAGCUUGACGGACAACAUAAGGUAGAAAGGUAAAGUUUUCGAGACUCAGAAGGGAGCUGACGUCCUGCUUAUAUCAUGAUAAUCUGAGUUAAUUGAAGUGCAACGAUGUUUUUAAUAUGGUGAUAGUGGUGUUGGAGGAAGAAAGCAGGAUCUCAACCAAUCAAGAGAUACCAUACCUCGUGAC